UCAAUUUUGAAAACAUGACAACAACGAAACGCUUCACGUUAACUACCGACUCUUGCGCUGCUCUUGUUUAGCCAAUGUUUGCCUUCAAGCGAAACAAAUCGCCUUGUAAAUAGCCGAGUUUAACGCUUUAUCGACGAACUGAACAAACAGAAUCUUUAAGGAUGCCCAAAAAUGGUUAAAGUCAAGUCUUUCUUCCGGUUCGCUUCCGGUUUCCACGUCUUGCGUUUGGCAUAAGCACGUUUACAGCUGCAGUUAUUUCUGCUCAAAUUCACACACCUUCUGGAAUCUUCUGAAAGGUUAACCGAUCAUGUAGUUACUUAGUCAAUCGGUUAAUAUAAUAGUCGUCUUUUAUUUCAAACAGACGCUAACAUUGAGGUAAUACCCCUGCACUCGUCUAGUGUAAAUAUGCCGUGUUGGAGACUUUGAUAAUGGAGCGAGAUUUACUCAGACAAUCCGUGUCGUAUCACGGUGAAAACCUGUUGUUAUUGUUAAAAUGCGAGCAAAGUGAGAACCCAGACUUCAAACGUGUGGCUGCUGAUCUCUCCAAAACUCUGAAUCAAAGGGAUAAAGAAGAGGGGAGUCCUGUUCUGGAGCAGUUCAUAGCAAGGAAAGCGGAUCUGCUGUUUGCUCCGUCAUGGAAAACAUCUACACCAGCAGAUGAAAGGCUGGAGGAAUCUGGAGAGGCGCACGCCGUCAUGCCUCCGCUGGAGCAGUUCAUGGAGGUGUGUUUUGAGGAGAGACGGGAGCUCUUCUACAGGGACGUGGAGCGUGGAGACGUGGUUAUCGGAAAGAUAAAUUCUGUGCGAGACUUCGGCUUAUUCGUAACUCUUCUCUGCACUGCUGGAGGACUGGAACGAGAUAUUGAUUCUUCAAAUGUGAUUCUAAAAAUAAAUGUUGUCUAUUAAAAGGCCCUCUGUCCAUUAAGAUGUGUUCCUUCAACUGGAAAUCACGAUGAUCCUUUGUCUUAUUACCAAAUUGGGGAUUUGCUUCGAGCUGGGGUGAAGGGCAUUGACCGCUACCACGAGAAGCUGACACUAUCACUGUAUUCAUCCUCACUGCCUCCUCACGUGGAUAAAGUUAAGCUGGGUGUCAUAAGCAAAGAAGAUCUUCCUCUUCAUUAUACCCGAGGUGAAAAGGUGACCACAGACAGCAGCCAGACGUAUGAGAAGCUUUUGGAGAGCUCUCUUGGUUUGUCCAACCCUUUAAAUGUGGACUACCUCCUGGGAAAGCUGGGAAUAAGCGACACACAAACGCCUUCACUCAUGAGGGGCUUGCAGAGUAAACACUUCAAAGAAGAUGAUUUUGCAACAGCUAUUCGGAAGAAACAGUCCGUGUCCUGGGCCCUGAAAUGUGUUAAAGCUGGCGUUGGCCAUUUCAAAUCGAGGCGUUAUGUAGAAGCAAUGAAUGAGUACAACAAGGCCUUAGAGAUCGACACAAACAACGUGGAAGCUCUUGUGGCACGUGGAGCUCUAUAUGCAACCAAAGGAAGCUUGAUGAAAGCUAUUGAUGACUUUGAACUGGCCUUGGAGAACUGCCCCACGCACAGGAACGCCAAAAAAUACCUCUGCCAGACACUAGUGGAAAGAGGAGGACAACUUGAAGAGGAAGAAAAGUUGGUGACUGCUGAGGGUCUCUACAAAAGAGCCAUCGUAUUAGAUAACACAUUUCAAGGGGCAGCAGAAGCCCUGGCGAAACUUCAGCUACGCAUCCAGAAAUCGCUUGAAUUGAAAGAGCAGGAAGCUGCCAAAGAGCAGGAAAAAACUAAGACCGUGGAGACAAGUGCAGAGAAAUUGCGUAAGAUCCUAAAAGAAGAGAAAAGAAUGAAGAAGAAAAGGAAGCGGUCGACCUCUUCCUCUACAUCCUCCGAUACGUCUUCAACUUCAAGCGACGACUCUUCUUCAACGAGUCGUAAAAAGUCGAAGAAACGCAAACACAAGCGCCGGCGCUCAUCUCACGGCAGUAAGAAACACAAGCGGAGAGCGUCGUCUUGUAGCGAUAAAACGGCAGAUGAUGACAUAGAGUGGUUUCCCGCUCCUGCCAACACCUCCGCUUCCUACAUCGACCAGAAACAAUCCAUAAGCAAACUCAUCAGCGAAGGAGAACAGUCUUGGGAAAAAAGCCGAUGUGAAGAUGGCAGAGGUAGGUUAGAUGAUGCUAUUGACAGAAGUCUGGAGAACCUCAAACAUGGAGCCCAGUCUGAAGCGUCUAGACCGGGACGUCCCGAUGUGAACGGCGAGGUUAGAGAUCAACACAGGACUCAGAGCAUCUCUGAAUGUGCCAGAAACAGGAGGGAUUCAUCCUCCUCAACCCAGUCCGAAUAUUCCCAAAAAUCUGACCGCUACUCUAAGGAAUUUUCUUCGCAAGGCAGAAAACGUAUUGAAUCAGAACGAGGCGGGAAUGAGAAGAUGGAUAGAGGAGAGAGAAAUAGUCGUGAUCAAGAUGAUGGCAGGAAAUCUUCUGGUGGAUCCCUGAAAAAAGAUAUCCCUUCCAAUUUGUUGGACAUUUUUAGUCAAAUUGCUGAAUUUGAGAAUGAAAAAAAGCUGAAAAAAUAAAGUAGUUGCUCUUUAGGACUGUCAGGAGUAACACUAGUCAUGCUUUCAAUACUGGAACUAGCAGGUUUAACCCUCAAGUAUAGUAAUUGAAAUAUUUGAUAGUUUACGAAAAGUUGUUCAGAAAGGUUUAUUUUCAUAAUUUCAGGUUAGAUUGUUUUUUUUGUUUUUUGCUUUGGGGGGAAGCAGCCUGUCUCUAAAAAAAACUGCUACAAAACUGAGCAGUGGCCAAAAUGUGUGAUGCAAAUGAUGCCUCAGUAUUAUACAUUGCAUUCAGUAUAAUGUCAGUGUUCAAAUAAACAAAUGUAAUGGUCAAAAAA